AUGUUUGCGAAUCCAUCUACACUCUCUUCCUUCGCGCAGGAGUUCCAGCCACGUGGAGCUGCUGAUGCGCAAUCCAUGCAGAGUCCAUACUAUUCGUCCUCAGGCACGUACUGCCAGUACCGUGGCCAGGAGCAGAUGCAGCAAGGCUCAAUGGGUGGCUACUACACGAAUGCUGGAUAUGGCUACGACUGCUACCAGAACGGGGCCUACCAGGGCUACUACGGGAAUGGCCAGUAUGCCAACACCUACUCCAAGAGCACUUACAACAGUGGCCCACGCAACCCUCGUGCAGCCGCAAUCAACCUCGAUGACUUCUCCGACAUCUCCGAUUCAGACUCUGAUGCAGACAUCCCCAGCAAAGUCACUUCGCCACAGAAGAAGGUGCCGGAUGCCCUGGAGACCUCCAGCGAUACCUCUGAGGAUGCCGAGCCGGCAGAGGAGCCCUCACCGUGCGCUGCCGACGAAGCUCCGGGCUUGCUGGAGGACGCCGCCUCAGAGGCGGAGCACUCACUCAGCUCUACUUCUUCAGAGCCGGAAGCCGAAGAGCUUGGCCCUAUGAUCAGCGAAGACUCGGAUCCGGAGACCGUCUUCAGCCUGAAGCAGAUGCUGAUGUGGCGCGAGGCCGUCUCGAAGUUGGAGGAUAAGCCGCUGAUCCUCUACCGCACCCAGAUCGUCGAAGAGAGAACUCCUAUGGUGGAGCCGGUGCCUGUGACCAAGACUCCUAAGAGCAAGGCCAAGGCGCAGGCGCAGGUCUCCAAGAGCAAGGCUGGAAAGCUGGAAGUCUCUGAGAAUUCCUGGGCCGCCCAGCAGCGCAAGCUAAAGUCGGAGGCAUCGCAGGUCGACCGCUGUGAGCAAGUGGCCCGAACCGUCAAGUCUAUCUUGAACAAGCUGACCCUCGAGAAGUUUGCGAGCCUAUCCCAGCAACUUCUGCAGUGCGGCCUUCGUACAUCCACGCACGUCGAGGUGUUGAUCCACGAGGUCUUCGAGAAGGCAACGACGCAGCACCAUUUCAUCGACAUGUAUGCCGACCUUUGCGUGCUCCUGCACGAGCACUUUACUGCACACCCCUUCGAGGAUUGCUCUGGCAAGGCAGAUGGGCGCAAGAUGACUUUCAAGAGACUGCUGCUGGAUGAGUGCCAGUUGUCUUUUGAGCGCCUGCUGUCGCCACCAGAAGGCCUCGAGCUCCUCGCAGCAGAGGAGCGCACGGCGGCGGAGGUCUGCUACAAGACAAGCAUGCUGGGCAACAUCCGCCUCGUCGGCGGCCUCCUCUCACGCGGCAUGCUCGCCUGCCGGGUCGGCAUCGCUAUCCUGGAGGAGCUCCUGUCAAAUCCUACUCCGGAGGCUCUGGAGUCCAUCGCCGCGAUGCUGACGGUCCUGGGCCCAACGGCCGACAACAAGGACUGGCCGCAGUACAAGGCCUUGAACGCCGUCUUUGAUCAGAUCUCCACCAUCGUCAAAGCCAAGAAAUGCCCUGCUCGGGAGCGCUUCCUCUUGAAGGAUCUCUUGGACCUUCGGAGUGCUCGCUGGGUGGACAAACGCCCGAAGAAGAUCGAGCGGGCCAUGACACUGGCCCAGGUGGCUGACAGCGCCGCUGGCCGCAAAGUGCAGGAGCGGCUGAUUCGCAAAGUGGCCUCCAUGCCUGUUCCGGUCCCGGCAUUCCCGGCCUAUGAACAGGAGAAGUUCCGCGAGGGCACCAAGAAGGCAUUGGUGGAGCUGCGGCACAGCGGAUGCUUGGAGGAGGCCGUGAACCGGAUGAAGGCCCUGGGCGUGCCACCAGAGAAGGAUCAGGCCGCGGAGCUGGCUGAGAUCCUUUGCUUUGCCGUGCAGGAGGCUGCGGCCUCUGUGCGCGAGUUGGACCUCAAGGCUCUGCGUGCUGUUGUGGAGAGCUGGAAGAAGGAUGUGCUGGCACAGGGUGCUGGCCUCUUCGUCAAGGACAUCGCUCCCGACUUGGCUUUUGAUGUCCCCGGCUUGAGCAAGAUCCUCUCGGAGGAGGUGUGCGUGCUUCUUCCCGAGGCAGAAGAUGCUGUGAGCAUCUUCGUGGGUUGA